AUGGUCCCCAGGCCCAGCACCGCCCUGGCCGUCUAUGCCCUUCAGGGGCUGCUCCUGAUGCACGGUCUUGCUGAGGAAGAAUUUUUUGAGAAACCAACGCUAAGCAUUGCAAAAGACCACAUUGUCAUCUUACCAGGAGACACGCUAAAAAUAAAAUGCAGGGGAGCACCUUCUGUAAGCUGGCUUUUGAGGGGGGACCAGAAGGAAGACCCUCGAGUGCACAUAAGUAAUUGUCGCAAUAACACAAGGCAAAGCUGCAGCAUGCUCGUCAUCAGGAAAGUCAUAGCUAAUGACACUGGUUACUUCAUCUGCAAUCAUGAUGACUCCCCAUCUAAUGAGGAUCUCGCGGCCAAGAUUUAUGUGUUUGUUAAAGACUACAGAAAUCCAUUUGUGGAGAUUCACCCGGAACAUCCCGAAAUAAUCUACAUUUUAGAUGCUAAGAAAACGGUUGUUAUCCCUUGCCGAGUUACCUCGCCAGAUAUCAAACCUAAGCUUACCCAGUAUCCUUACUCUGUAGAGAUGAACUUCAAGAGGAUGGUGUGGGACCCACAAAAAGGAUUUGUCAUCCCCUCUCAUUCUUUUGUUUACUCUGGAGUACUCACAUGCACUGCAAAUGUCAAUGGAAGUGUGUUCACCUCCUAUUACCUAGCACAGAGACUGGAGGGCAGAGUACAGAACCUGGCUCUGAAAGCAACUCCCAAAAAACUGCUGGUUGGAGAAACUCUUUAUUUGGAAUGCAAAGCAGAAACCUUCAUCAAUGGGCGCAUUGAGCUCAUAUGGACAUGUCCCAGUGAGAGACACCCUUAUCCUAGAAGAACAAUAGACCAGACUGGCAUGGUGAAUAAAGUUGGCAGUAGCCUGACAAUUGAAAACGUCACCAUGCAAGACGGAGGCCUGUAUGUAUGCAAAACAUUCAACGUAACAAGGCUGGAGGCCAAUGUCACAGUUACAGUGUAUGACAAACCUUUCAUUACAGUUUCACAUAAGAAAGGGCCUUACUACGAGAUCACAUCAGGACACAAGUCACUGAAACUAGCUGCAAAGGUUGAUGCCUUUCCUCGUCCAAGCGUCACCUGGUACAAAGAUGGCAAACUGAUCAAGGAUAACCACACUUGCUAUGAGCCGGAUCCAAUGAAGUACAGACUGGGCAUAAGAGAUGUGAGACCAAAGCAUGCUGGAAACUACACCAUCGUCUUGAGCAAUGCAAAAUAUGGCCUGUAUAAGAACCUCACCAUGCAGCUGGUAGUGACAGAGAGACCCAAAAUCUAUGAAAAGGAAACUGAUUUUGAUAAGAUUGAGCGGGUGGAAUUACGAAGCAAACACAAAAUCCAGUGCACCGUAAGUGGGAAUCCUGACCCGAAGAUCGAGUGGAAGUGGCAGCCCUGCAGCCUCACAGACAUGCUAUGCAACCCCGAUGGGCAAAAAAUUGUGGUUCACGAGAACAUGUUAAUAGGCAACAAGAUCAGAAGCAUUGAAAACAUAACCAUGAAGCAUGGGGAUAAAAGAAAGAUUGUGAGCACACUAACUACGGAAAACAGCAGUGCAUCAGGAAUCUAUUACUGUGUGGCUUCAAACAAGAUCGGUGAAGAAGAGAGGAGCAUUGAGUUUUACGUCUCAGAUGUGCCAUUUGGGUUGCAAACAGACCCACAAGUCACAACCAUUGUGGGGAAUGAUGUCCGGCUGACCUGCCGGGCCUCCAAGUACAUCUACAGUCACCUGGCCUGGUAUUACCCCUCCUCAGAGGCGGCUCUCAGUGACGCAGUGAUCAAGACAACUGACAACUAUUCCAUUUCUUUGACAUUGGUCAUUACUAACAUCACGAAGGAACAGAGUGGUCUCUACAAGUGCAGAGCCCAGAACCAGCACAACAGCACCGACACACUAGAACAGCACACUCAGCUCCUCGUCAGAGCAAAGGCAGCACCGUAUGUGAUACAAAACCUCACAGAUCUGGAGGUUAACAUCAGCGGCAAGAUCAUUCUGGAGUGCAGAGUCAGUGGAACGCCAGAACCUCAAAUUACGUGGAGGAAGAAUGGCUACCCCAUUUCAGCAGCAUCAGGAAUUUCCAUGGAAAAUAAUACCCUGGUCAUUGAGCGAGUGAAAAAGGAUGAUGAAGGGCUCUAUGAAUGCAAAGCAUCUAACGACAUGGGCCAAGACAGCACAUCAGCCUUCAUUAAAAUACAAGGUUCUGAGGAGAAAUCCAACAUUGAAGUUAUCAUUUUGGUCUGCACUGGUCUAGCCGCUACCCUCUUCUGGCUUCUUCUGACCCUAUUCAUUCGGAAACUGAGAAAACCUGAUGCCACAGAUAUUAAAACAGGAUACCUGUCAAUUAUAAUGGAUCCAGAGGAAAUGCCUCUUGACGAGCAGUGUGACCGUCUUCCCUAUGACAGCAGUAAAUGGGAGUUCCCAAGAGACAGACUGCGGCUGGGUAAAACACUGGGUCAUGGUGCUUUUGGGAAGGUGGUGGAGGCGUCUGCUUUUGGCAUUGAUAAAUCUUCAACCUGCAAAACAGUUGCCGUAAAAAUGCUUAAAGCAGAAUGUGCAACUACUAAUGAAUGCAAGGCUUUAAUGUCUGAACUGAAGAUCCUCAUCCAUAUAGGACAUCACCUGAAUGUAGUCAACCUGCUGGGAGCCUGCACCAAAGCUGGAGGUCCUUUAAUGGUCAUAGUAGAAUAUUGCAAAUAUGGAAAUCUGUCCAACUAUCUAAGAGGAAAACGAGGAGAUUUCAUUGCAUACAAGUCCCAGGAAAACUCUGACCAAGCAGAGAAAAGUCUGGAUGAGUCCAACAGUGAUUUGACUGAACUGAUCAAGAGGCGUCUUGAGAGUGUUGCCAGCACAGGAAGCUCUGCCAGCUCAGGAUUUAUUGAAGAUAAGAGUUACAGCGAUUCAGAAGAUGAUGAAGAAGAUGCUGAGGAUCUGUACAAGCGUCCCCUGACUUUGGAGGAUCUGAUUUGCUAUAGCUUCCAAGUGGCAAAAGGCAUGGAGUUUCUCGCGUCCCGAAAAUGCAUUCAUCGGGAUUUGGCAGCAAGGAACAUCCUUCUUUCAGAGAACAACGUAGUUAAGAUCUGUGACUUCGGACUAGCCAGGGACAUUUAUAAAGACCCUGACUAUGUACGGAAAGGAGAUGCAAGACUUCCACUCAAAUGGAUGGCUCCAGAAGCUAUUUUCGACAAAAUUUACACAACCCAGAGUGAUGUAUGGUCUUUUGGAGUGCUACUAUGGGAAAUAUUUUCUCUAGGUGCCUCACCAUACCCUGGAGUGCAGAUAGAUGAGGACUUUUGCCGACGGCUCAAAGAAGGAACGCGGAUGAGAUCUCCAGAGUACUCUACUCCAGAAGUCUACCAGACAAUGCUGGAUUGUUGGCAUGGAGUACCCACAGAGAGGCCUACUUUCACUGAGCUUGUGGAGCGCUUAGGAGAUCUUCUUCAAGCCAAUGUACAGCAGGAUGGUAAAGACUAUAUUCCACUGAACAUCACCUUGUGUCCUGAUGGAGAAUCUAACUCCAAAACUUGCCCUGUGGAAGAAAACUUGAACAACUGUGUUAAUCGCUGGAGUGCAGUGGAAACUGGUAUCAACAGCAAGAAGCGACCACUGAGUGUGAAGACAUUUGAUGAGGUGCCAGUGGAAAAGGAGAAAGUGAUGCAUGAGGAGUCAGACAGUGGGAUGGUGUUGACGUCAGAUGAGAUAAAAAGCCCGAAGAGGCUGGAAAUCCGUUCUUGGCCUUACGGGAUUAUGGCUCUAGCGCGGAGAGCUGUUACCAAGAGCAAAGAAUCCAUACUAUCUGAUCAUGAGGCUGUCAAGUACCAGCCAGCAGUACAGGUAGAAGAGGACACCAUGGACUUCACACUGGAAGACUCUGUUCUCCUCCCUAUGGAUCCAAACCUGGAAUGCCACAGCCCACCUCCAGAUUACAACUCCGUCAUUCACUACUCGGCCCCUCCAGUGUAA